AUGUUCCCAGGAGGAGGCCCACCUCCGCACGGAUACCCCCAGCAACAACCUGGUUACCCGCCUCAACAGGGCUAUCCGCCUCAGCAAGGUUACCCACCCCAGCAGGGCUAUUCACCUCAGCAAGGAUACCCUCCUCAACCAGGGUACCCACCGCAACAAGGGUACCCUCCGCAACAAGGGUACCCUCCCCAACAAGGAUACCCUCCCCAGUCAGGGUACCCGGCGCAGCCGGGGUACCCUGUUCAGCCGGGAUACCCUGUUCGGCCGGGAUACCCUGCUCAACCCGGGUACCCCGCCCACGGACGUGGACAACAGCAUGGUCAUGCGUAUCCUCAGCCCGUGUACGUGGCACAGCCUGGAGUUAUCAUCGCUGGUGGGAAGAUGAAGCAUGGUAAGCACAAGGGAUAUAAGCACAAGCACAAGCACAAGCAUCACAAGUACAAAGGAUUCAAGGGCAAAGGCUUUAAAAAGAUGGGCAAGAAGAUGAAGAAAAUGUUCAAGUAA